UCUGCCGUGGCUUUGAGACGCCAUAGCGAGGCCGUGGAACAAGCUGCGCUGUUAAAAAGCGCACAAAUACUCGGCAACUAAUCCACACAAGACCCACAGCAGAGCGCUUUCGUUCCCAACGCCGAGAGACCGCAGUAAUCCACCUCAAGCUUCGCAGCCAAACCAUGGCCGCCGCCGACUCAUACUUCAUGAACCGCCUCCCCAAGAGGCUCACAGAGCUGGACAUCGGCGCGAGCGGGCUCGUCAACCGGCUGCGGCGCGCGAGCACCACUACAAAAGUGGCCGUCUGCGUGUCCGUCGCGGGCGGCGUGCUGCUGUUGCGCAGAAGACGCAAAGGCAAGCCGCCGGCGCCCCAGCCGACGUCGUACUACUGCCACGAGCCUCCGGUGAAGUCGUUCGUGACCGGCGCGGACUCGGCGCUCGUGCGCGGCAUGUCGUCGUCAGGCCCCGGCGCCCGAGACCCCGAGACCGUGCCCGAGCUCCUAAAACGCCUGGAGACGAACACCACGAAAGCCGUCGCCUGGGAGGAAAACGGCGCGUGGCGGGACCUGACGUGGGCGGACUACGUCUCGCUCGUGAGGCAGGCGGCCCGCGCGAUGAUCGCGAUAGGACUGGAGCCGCGGAAGGGCGUCGGUAUUAUUGGCUUCAACUCGCUCGAAUGGGUCGUGGCCGAUUUAGGAUGCGUCCUGGCCGGCGGGCUCGCGGCGGGCAUCUACGCGACGAACGGCGCUGACGCCGCGCGCUACGUCCUCGACCACUCGUCGGCGCAGCUCUGCUUCUGCGACGGCGCCGCGCAGCUCGAGAAGAUCCGCAAGGCCGCCGAGACGCUGCCGAAGCUCAAGAAGAUCAUUGUGUGGGGCGGCGCCGACGCGGACAAGGCCGCGAGAAGAUCCGACGCGUUGACGUGGCGCGGUUUCCUGAACAAUGCACCCGAGGAUCCGGCGCCGCUGCUCGAGCGCGUCGACGAGGCGGAGCCAGGCCACGCGUGCACGCUGAUUUAUACCUCCGGUACUACUGGCACGCCGAAAGCCGUCAUGAUCAGCCACGACAACGUCACCUGGGUCGUGGCGUCCUUCGCCGCGUUUGUGGGCUUCGGCAAGGCCCCGGGCGGCCGCGAGCGCCUCGUGUCCUACCUUCCGCUCUCGCACAUUGCCGCCCAGGCGAUCGACAUCUAUGCGGGACUGGUGUGCACCGGGAGGGACGGCGUCCAGUCCUCUACGUUAUAUUUCGCGCGGCCCGAUGCGCUGAAAGGAUCCCUCAAGGACACGUUGAAUGCCGUGCGGCCGACUGUCUUCUUCGGAGUACCGCGCGUGUGGGAGAAGUUCGCCGAAGCUCUACAAGCCGUGGGCGCGAAGACCACGGGCGCGAAGAAAAAGAUUUCCACGUGGGCCAAACGAGUGGCGCUGCGGCGCUAUUUGGCCGGUGUUGCGGGCGCCGAACCUGAAGACCUCGGUCUAGUUGGUGGUGCUUUAAGCUCCGUCGAGGAGGUUUUCGCGGACCUCAUCCUGAAGAAGGUCCACGCGGCGAUCGGGCUGGACAAGGCGCAUUUUGUCUUUACCGGCGCCGCACCUAUCGCGACGUCGACGCUCGAGUACUUUGGGAGUCUCGGCCUGAUCGUGAACGAGUGCUUCGGCAUGAGUGAAGUGUCUGGACCGGCGACAGUCACGAUGGACUCGUACUACAAGCCCGGGUGGUGCGGCGUCGCCUCACCGGGCGUCGAGAUCCGCCUGGAGCAUGUUCAAGGGCGCGACCGGGACGGCGAGGGCGAGGUCUGCUUCCGAGGGCGCUCGGUUAUGCUAGGCUAUCUCCGCGAUGCCGAGAAGAGCCUCGAAGCUAUCGACGCGGACGGUUGGCAGCAUAGUGGCGACGUCGGGCGCUUCGAGGUGCUGCAGGACGGCGCGGCGCCGAUGCUCAAGAUCACAGGCCGCAUCAAGGAGCUGCUGGUGACGGCCGGUGGGGAGAAUGUCGCCCCUGCACCAAUCGAAGACGACCUCAAGCGACGCCUGCCGGGCGUGUCCACAGCUGUAGUUAUCGGAGAUCGGCUCAAGUUCCUCUCGGUCCUCUUCACGCUGAAGCAGCGACCCAACGAAGAUACGUUCGACGACGUGCUGGUGGGCGCGGCCGCGGCGGUCAACCCGGAGGUUACGACUGCCGUCGCAGCGGCGGACGAUGUGGUUUGGCGGCGAACUCUACAAGCGGCCAUCGACGACUACAACAAAGAGAAAGCCACGUCCUCGGCGCAGCGCGUCCAGAAGUUCGCCAUCCUGCCGCUCGACUUCUCCCAGGCGACGGGAGAGCUCACGCCGACGCUCAAACUCAAAAGGGCGGCAGUCGUCAAGAAGUACGCGGACGUGCUCAGACGGCUCUACGGCGACGCGCAAAGCGCUGUGUGGUUCCCUUGACGCGUUCCCCCUUGUAUGCACGACCUAAGAGACGCUUGUGUGACUUGUGACAGAACAUUUAUUACGCG